AUGUCGUCGCUCGGUUGCGAAGGUGGUGCGGUGAAGAGGGCUCGCAAGGGCGCUGGCACUGUCGUCAAGCCCGACAGACCAAAUCACUCGCAAGCCAAGACUGCCGAAAGCCCCGUUUGGUUUUCCUGCCAUUACAGCUACGAAUGUAAAGCUCAAGCUCAAGAACGACCAUACAUCUCUCGUCCCAGUCGCAGCCAGCAACUUCUCAACCCAAAACUGAAGCCGAAACUCGCCAACAUUGCGCCAACUCCUACUUUGACAGAGCAAGAGUAUGCCAGACCUCGCCUUGAUACCACUUCAAGCGCAGUCCAUAAACCCAUCCAAGAAAGGCCGCGCAAACGCUCACUAGACGACAUGGACGACCACAGAUCGUCACGCAAGCGCUCACGCUCUGCCGCAUCCUUCUCUUCGGGUUCCGUCUCGACCAUCUCUACUCGCUCUCCUUCUCCCGAAAGACCAAGAUACAGACAUGACACAAAGCAAGAAAGAGAAGCCUCAGCCACAGGAGGUGCUGGAGACAAGCGUGUGCGCCCUUCGAGCUCUACUUCAUCACCAGAUCACAUGCAAUCGUAUGAAGCUCACAGCCGCAAUACCCGCAUGCGCAGAAAUUCAAGAAGUCCUUCUGAACGUGGAAGAAGAAGAGGCCGGUCGGCAAAUUCAGAAAGACGGAUGCGGUCCGUUGCCGAGAGAAACACUCUCAAGGAUGCCCGUGGUCUUACACCCAACCGACGAACCGACGAUGCCGACGACAACGCGAUGUUGGGGCAGCAUACUGGUCUGGAGCGGGCCGAUUACAAAACUUACCGAGAUCAAGACCGUGAGAUGAAGGAUGUGCCUAGUGGAGAACGCCCUAGGUCUCUCAGUCCUUUCAGCAAGAGACUCGCCCUGACAAAGUCCUUGAAUAGAUGA